AUGUUCAUUGAUGUCCUCUUUGUAGCUUCUAUCCUUGCCCUUCAUACGACUUUGACAGUGUCAAAACCUGAUAUUCCUGCACCAUGUGCUCACGCCAUACCGGCUGAGUGGAUUGGCGGUGAUCAAAAACCCAAGAAAGGCUGGAAGUGCAGUCCGCAAGGAUUCACAGAUGAACCUGUACUAUCUAAACCGGGGGAGGUCGUUUUAUCUCAGUCAUUUUGCGACUUGGGGUACUCAAUAACCUCCUCCAAAGACGGAACUCUUUCUACCAACACAAAAGGGAAUGUAACCGUCGACAAAUUUCUCUGCAAAGAUUCAGGAUUUCCUGAACCACUAAUCUGCGAUCCGGGAAGUCCCUCUGGCGUCUUCAACUGGUGUUAUCCCGGCGCAUUUCUCUAUAAGGAUACACCAUGGAUUUAUAAAGAAGCAAAGAAAGCUAAUGGAGGUGAAGAUGCCGAUGAUCGUGGUAAAGCGGCAACAGGUAACAUAUUUGCAAGUAGUAAUUCUACAAGCUCUACAAGUGCUAGCACGAAAUUCCCACGUGGAGAAGCGUUCCUGUUUGUCAUCAUGUGCAUUUGGGCAAACAUCUAA